CAAUAUCAAAGUUAUCUUGAAAAACUUCAAUCCGUACUCUUUCCUCCCAAUAACCUCACCGGUUUUCACUCCAGCUUCCAUCGAUUGUGUGAUGUCUUCCGAACUUAAGGCACAGAAGAAGCAACUCCCUGAGCAGCCGCCGCCAUCUCCCAUCUCCUCACUCCCCGAAGAAAUCUUCAUCGAUAUCAUCGCACGUGUCCCAAGAAUCCACCACCAGACUCUCUCCCAAGUCUCCAGGCGUCUCCGCUCACUCAUCUCCUCACCGGAGCUUUACGCAAGACGAUCCAUCCUAAAACGUGCAGAGCAAUGCAUCUACGUGGCAGUCUCCAAAGACAAUACCUCUUACAUCCACUGGUUCACUCUUUGCAACAUGAAACGAGUCUCUGGAACUGAUGAUCAUCGGUUGGUUCACAUCUCCUCUCUCCCUCCUAUGCCUCUACACGGAAGCUACGUCUCCUUCGGCUCCAACAUCUUCGCGAUGAGCGGAUUCCAUGUAUCACUCAUCGAUUGUCGAUCUCACACGGCUCAGCCUCUCGCUGACAUGCCAAACGCGGUGGCUGGCGCGGUGGCACAAGUUAUUAACGGGAAGGUUUAUGUGAUUGGAGGAGCGAGAGAUAUGAUGGUGUUUGACAUUAAGACUAAGGUUUGGGAGGUUAAGACGAGGCAAGAUUGGGAGAAAGGGAAAAAAUGGUUGACUAGUGUGGCUUUUGGAGGUAAGAUUUUCAUGAGGACUUGCUAUGAUAGCUUUGUGUAUGAUCCGAGGGGAGAUAGUUUGGAGAGAGACGAGGUUUUGCAUUCUAGGGAGUGGUUUAGUUCGUGUGUGGUGGAAGAUGUGUUGUAUUAUUAUGAUGCUUGUGGGAAGUGUUUGAGAGGUUAUGAUCCGAAGGUGAGGUCUUGGGGUGUGGUGAGAGGUUUGGAAAGAUUGUUGCCUGAGGGUUGUUUGCGGGCGAAAACGGUGAGUUAUGGCUGUGGUGGGAGAAUGGUUUUGUUUUUGCAGAGGGAAGAGAGUAUUUGGUGUGCUGAGAUUGUGGUGGAGAGACGUCAAGGAGGUGAGAUUUGGGGUGAUGUUGUGUGGUGUGAGGUUGUGCUUGGUGGUAACUUUCACAUUAUGGAUUGUGUACCAGCGGUUUUGCUCUGAUUAAUACAAAUGAGGUAGAUAGUUAGUAUAGUGCUUACUAGUUUUGUAUGAUUGUUUGCUUGAAAACCAAAACCUCCCUUGGGAUGUGUUUCUCAGACACAAAGGUUGUGAUCCUGUGUGUUUGUGGACUAAUUUUAUUCUGUAUUGAAAGUGUAGGCAUACUUUUU